GGUGGGUGGAAGUGGGUUGGACACGCAGUUCAAACAUCCGGGCGGGUGCACGGACGGACGGACGAGGGUGCUACGCUCUUCCCGUCGCUCAGCGCUGUUUUCGUCCUUCAGACUUGUAGACGGUGUGCGUGCUUGUGUGUGUGAGUGUGCGGUGUACAUGCGUACAAGCUGGUGCGGUGCUGUGUGAAUGUGUUGUGCGUGUGUGUGCGCGCGGUGGAGCCGUCGCCGUCGUUUGUCGUCGCCUGCCGUGUUUUUCCACUCCAACUCCCACCGUCGUCCUGCGUGCAGUCGCGUCGGUGAGGCGUAGAAGAAGCCAGAGCCAGUGAAAAACAAACAAGCAUAAAAAGGUUGUUAAAAUGGCUCAAACAAUAUCUUUUCAGCUUGCCUGUUUGAGAGAUUUUUGUGACUUACUCACUUGAAGUCUCUCGAUAUAAUAAAGCCGGAUUAUCCUAUGUGCUUGUGUGGCUGUGUUUAAAGUGCGGAGAGUGACAACUGAGUGAAUUUCAUAUAUUUUAUUCUGUGUGUUUUUCCUAAUGAAAUCGUCAGUACUAAAAGUGUUUAAUGGUUUUACAUCUGUGUGAAAAGUGCUUUUAAAUUAUAGUUUUCCCCCUUCUUUUUUCCUCCCUUGUGUGCGUUUGUGUGACAGGUGGUCAAACCCCAGUGCUAGGUGUGCCGUACAGCAAAGUGUGUGUGCGUGUGUGUACCAGUAUGAGUGUGACGAAAUAUGCGGCGGAAAUAUGAGGUGGCGCUGCGUGACGAGCCGUGCUGAAUCCGGUGCGCACCACCGUUGCGUGUAGCGCUUUUCCCUCCCGAUGGGCGGUAAACUGGCCCCGGCAGUCUCGACUGGUAGUCCCUGCUAAGUUCCGGGGCGUGUGUGUGUGUGCUGUGUGUGCUGUGUGUAGUGUGAAGAGUAUCCGGCUUUAGACAACCUUCUGCAAGUGCCACCAGAAUGGGCUGCGGACAGAGCAAGAUCCAUCUCUACCCGAGGAAGAACAAAAGUAAAUCGAACGGCAAGAAAAGCGGCCACAUAGAGGAUGCAGAAGCGGACGAGGAGGACGGACAGAACGGUCGGAGCGACGAGCGGGGCGACCGGGGCGAUCGGGGCGACCUCAACGGCGAGAAGGAGAAGCUGGACGAGGAGCAUUCGCUGCGGGACGACGGUUCGCCGGAACCACCCAACGGCGAGAUCGUGUCCAUACUACGCAAAAAUGGCUCGCUGCUUCAGAGUCAGGAAAUAUCCUCCAGCCAACAGAAUUUCUUCCGCAUGCUGGAUCAGAAGAUCGAAGAGGGCCCGGACUAUGAUUCGAGCAGCGAGACGGAGCAAGCGCUGGAAGAGGCCCGCCUGAACGCGCUGGUGCAGCACUGGGAGUCGGCCAGCCUGACCACGUCGAUGUGUUCUUCCACCAGUCGGUCCCUGCAGGGGACGCCGGUCCGACAGGUACCGCUCAGACAGCCUCCGCUGAGGCCACCGUUCCAGCAACCGCUCAGUGCCGAGCUGCUGUCCCAGCAGCAGCUGCUGCUCAAGCAACAGCACCACCAUCUGCAGCAGCAGCACCAGCAGCAGCAGCAUCUCCAGCAGCAGCAGCAGCUGAUACAGCACCAGCAGCAGCAACUGCACAACCUUCAGCAGCAACAGCAGCAGCAGCACGGACUCCACCAGCAGGCCCAAGGUUCCCAGUCGCAACAGGCAUUGCACCACCCGAACCUUACCAUCGGCAUGAACAGUCCGAAGCGGAUAAUCGCCUCCGGGAAUGCGGUAAGCAUGGGUGGUGGUGGUGUUGAUGGGGGCCCGCCCAGUCAGCGGCAGUUGCUGUCGCAAUCCAUCAUCCAUCAGAACUACGGGGUGAUACAGCCGUCCCAGACGACGCCGCAGCUGCGUCCCAGCUCCGGUCGCACACUGCCCUCGCCGGUGCAGUGCCUGCAGAUGUCCUACUACCAGCAACAGCAGCAACAGCAGCAACAAAGCCAACAGCAGCAGCAGCAACAGGCCCAAUCACUCAGCCAACAAUUCCAGCAGCAGCAAUCGUUACCUCCACAUUCGACGACGUCCUACUACAAUGACAUUCUGCGGCAUCCAAUGCAGCUUCCACCUGUAACGCAACUGCAACAACUACAAUCCCAAGCCCAGCAACAGCCAGUCCAGCAGCAGCAGCAGCAGCAGUCGCCAAUGCCGGCGGGAAUCUCGAACGUAUCGUCCUCGGUGGCGGCCUCCCUGGCCUCCGCCUCGGUCGCCGUCGCGUCCGCCAGUGGCCCGAGCGGUGGCCCCAGCGGUGCCGUCGGUGGCCCCCUCUCCAUGUCCUCUACGGAGCCUCGCUUCCCGCCGGCCAUCGCGGUACAACGGCUGGCGCCGCAGGUACAGCGGCAGCUGCGCGAAACCCAGGAACUGAUCAAGGACUCGUGCGUGCAGCUGUACGGCUCGGCGUACGGUACCGGACCGGGGCCACCGACUGGAGGCGGCGGCGGCAGUGGUGGUGGUGGGGGAGGAGUUGGUGUUCCAGUAGGUUCGGUUCUGGCCCGGGCCACUGCCCGCCGCCCAACGCUCGAGACUCAGUAUUCGCAGGAACUUUCGUGAUAUCUAGACAAGUAGUGAAACACAUUUCCCGCUUUGCAAACGGUGCGUACCACCACAUCCACCACAUCCACACGGCAGUUCUUCGUCUUCGGUGCCAGCCAAAAUCCGAACCAAAUCGUGCGCGCACGCACGCGUGUGUGUGUGUUCUUCUCCGAUUUGUUAAUCUUUGCUGUUGUGUGCUCUGCUAGUGGUUGUCGUGGCGUAACCGGGAGAUCACCUCUUCCGAAGCAAGGGUGAUCUUUUCAGAGCCUUGAAAGCUCACUUCAGACUAGUCCGAUUCGCUCUGUAGCCCUCCAUUUCUUCCAGCAGGACACACACACAUACGCAUACAAACACAGACUCCUGAGAACUAGUCAUUGCCAAGGCUCGCGUGUAACAAACGAGGGCACCAACUGCUGACCGUUGCGUCCAAACUCGCGGGCAAACUGUACAUAUACAUAUUAACUUAUUAACUCUCGCCCCCCCCCCCCCCCCCCCCCCCCCAAAAAAAAAACAUUCUCCCGAACCAGGAAGAACACCGGAAGUACACCCACCCAACACACUCCUCCUUCCCCCCAUUAGAAACAGAAGAACAAACACACACACAUACAUUCAAAUGAAUAUAUAGAGAGUUCAGUAUAGAAAAAUGAGUAAGACAGACGACGAACCCGCCCGCCACCGGGACGAACAGCCGGUUUUAGAUGACUCUUUGGCAGGGGCGGGCCUGGGGCUUACUUCUUCCCACCUUCCCCAGUACCACCACACACACACACACGGACACAUAGUUUGUCAACAAUUAAAUAGCGCUGUAGAAGUGGAUAGGAAAGGAGGAUGAGCAAAAGCGGACAUUAGUGGUGUUCGUUUUUUUUUGCAAUCUGCGAAACAGAACAGAACAAAGACACACUGGAGAACACAAUAUGGAGUAACAGUAAUCGGGGAGGAAAAAAGCGGAAGAAAAACGUUGCAAAAACGCAGUGAAACUAUUCACCCUUAGCUAGUGUUGACGUUUCGUAACACGACGGGAAACUGUUUUUUUUUCUUACUCAAUUAAAAGUGUAAGAAAACAGUGAAGAAAAAAACACAAUCCUUCAAAUAUUAUAUAGACAAGCCAAAACAAAUGGGUAAGAGGAAUCGAGGGGAAGAAAUAGUAAAAGCGAAAGCAUAUAUAAACAAAAUAGAAGAAAACAGAAAAACUAAUACUAAUAGAAGGAUAAAAGAGCAACAAGAAACGAGAACCGGAUAAAAACAGAAGGAAAAACUCACAAUAGAGAAACACACUAGAGAAGAAAACAAAAAUUAAGAACAACACACACGGUAGCAAAGCAAAGAGCGUGGAAGAGAGCUUGGAUGGAUUGGUUUUGUGCCUAAGGGAGGAUUUUUUGUUGUAAAAGAGUUAGAAAGCUUUCGUUUUUACACUGUCAGUGCGUUCAAAAUUGCAUAACAAGAAAAGGAUCUAGAUGUAGAAGCAUGACUCUAAGCAGACUUAAAUAGAGUAUAGAAAGAACAAACAGGAAGAAGAAAAAACAAACAAACCAUGAACAGAAACAGUUAGAAGAUUGUUCUAUAUCAUUUUGAUUUGAUUUUGGUUGAAAAUUACUUAAAAGCGUAUUAAGUGAAAGAGGGAGAUAGUGAGAGAGAGAGAGAGGUCUCCGAGUAAGACCACAGAAGAAGAAGAAAAAACAGGAACUAGUCUAAAAGCACAGCAAGAGAGAGGGAGAGAGAGAGAGAGGAGAUAAAAGAUGAAAAAGAAAGAGCAAAGGCAUAGCUAAUAGUGUGAAGCAAUCUUUUCACUUCUAAAUUUUACCUUGUUAUAAACAACAUGCUGCGGGGCAUGUGACCGGCCCCACAAAGCGAAUGUGGUGAAUGUGGCGUCAGAGGCAAACGCAAAGGGCAAAACUUUCGAAAUGCACUUAAAUAAUUCGACUUGAACUUGAACCUAAAAGGAACGAACAACAUGACAUGCACACCACCACACACCGGGUGAUGAUGAUGAUGAGCCAGUUAAGUUAAAGUUAAGGGAGAAGCGCAAGAGCGAUCGAUGUGGUGUGUAUGUGUACUUUGUACAAAAGGCCGGGGGAGUGGAAAACAGUCGAUAAUUCGACUCCCAAUGUACUCUAAUGUCCUGUUGGGGCAUUGGAUUUGGUCGUGAUGUUCUUAAAAUAGGAGAGGGUCCGUGAGUUGCGGAAUGUUAGCAUCGUCGCGUAUGAAUAUGUGUUUUUUUUGUGUUUUAUCUAUUCGACCACCGCCUUUAGUACCGUUUGUUGUAGCCACUGUAGCCAAAUUUUAACGUCAGUUCAGAAGGGGUCAACACGUGACCGAAGCUUAAUCGUAAGCUCCCGCUAUCCAGUAAGGAUGUGCGCGCAAGGAUCGUGGUCCGAAUCCGUGUGGCAUCAUGAUAAUUAGCAAUAGAGGCAUUGCAAUUGGAGCUCGCGAAAGGAAAAGAAAAGCAAAAGAAACAAAUGCUCCAAAAUUAGAAUUAACACGGUGCACCACCAACACCACGGUACGGUGUGAGUGCAAAGUUUCUUCAGCAUUUCCAUCCCCGCCGGUCACGAAGCGAAUAAAAGAUGUUUGAAAUGCGUGUGAAAAUGUUUGUGUUUACCAUUAAAUACAGCACACAAGGAAACGAUUUUUUGUACACCCUCCUCCUCAACUAAGGCGCCCUUCGGAGUACUUUCCUUGGUAGAUGUGCCCUUUUCCUGAACAUUCUUAGGAUUACGAGUAAAACAAGAUCACGAUCACGGACAACCACCAGAUUAAAAAUAAUAAUAAAAUAAACAAAAUCAUGCACCAUCAUCAACCUCUUCUUCAACAGUGUGUGUGAGUGUGAGUGUGUGUGUGUAAGUGUAUGUGUUACCCGUGUGUGACCAAACACGUAGCACACGGUCGUAUCUGUUUCGUACGAUAAGGAAAUGUUCAAGCAAAGAAAUAAAAGCAACCAACACAACCCUUUUAGUGUGUAAGAUGUUCAGUGUAAAACAAGAAAUGAAAAGAAGAAGAAGAAAAAACACAGCAAAUCACACCCACAUUCACAACAGCGCAUCCAAAAGGGAGAAAGAGAAGAAGCGUAAUGCAAAAACACACAAAACACACAAAAAAAGAUAUGAAAAGUAUUUCCAAUUUUGUCAAAGUCCCCUCUUUAUAAAGUGCACGUGUAACAGAAAGGAAAAUAUUAAAGAAAGAAAGAAAAAACAUUAUAGAAAUAUAAGAACAACAGACACACACAGACACAAACGGUGAAGGAAAAGUGUAACCAUGCCAACUAAGCCGGUUAAAGUAAGAAGAAGAAGAAGAAGAAGAAGAAGAAGCAGAAAAAAAUCAUUCUAAUGAACAGCAAAUGUAAUUGAGGAAACGCGGAAAGCGUACAGAGAAAGACGCGCGAAGGCAUGUCAUGUAUGUUUUAUUUUCACGUUUUCCCUUUUGUUUUUGUUUUAAAAUUAUAAAAUCCGACUAUGUACAAAGACGUGAAGAAAAUCGAUAGAGAAAAGUAAUUGAAAAAUUAUAUAAAUUCAAUAAUAAAAAUGAAACAAAAAACUGGAUAAACAAUG